GUCGAGGGACGAGUUAAAGGAAAGGACAAAGGGGCGGGGCAUCCGGAGGGCCACUGAGAGCCCCGGAAGUGCAAGUCUCGGCGCGGUUUCCUCAGUGUCAGGUCUAUCUCCUCAAGCCCGCUGGCGAAAGGUAGGAACACCGGAGGUUUGAGGCUAAGCGUCCAGACCGGCGCUACCAUCGCGACCACCUGCGAGGCGCAUCUCUUUGCUUUCGUUGACUCCGUCUUGAAGUGAGUCGUGGACGAGCUGCUUUCACCGUCAACCUGGAAAACGGAGCUUGCUUGUGUAGCGCCGAGCGGGGCAAGGUGGCACUUUUUUGUAUAAGGCUGCUGCUCUUGAAAGCAGUCCUGGCUUCUAAGACCGCCAUCCAAAUAACUCUGGAAGACGAGCUGACAGUCCGUGCAUCCUAACAACCCUGGACAGAACCCAGCAUGUCUCAGGCCACCAAGAGGAAGCAUGUGGUGCAGGAGAUGCUGGGGGAGCACAUGGUGCCUUCCGAUCAACAGCAGAUUGUGAAAGUCCUCAGGACUCCCGGGAACAAUCUGCAUGAGGUAGAGACAGCACAAGGGCAGCGCUUCCUGGUGAGCAUGCCCUCCAAAUACCGCAAGAACAUCUGGAUCAAGAGAGGGGACUUCCUCAUUGUUGACCCAAUUGAAGAGGGAGAAAAAGUGAAGGCUGAGAUCUCUUUUGUGCUCUGCAAGAACCAUGUCCGCUCUCUGCAGAAGGAAGGGCACUGGCCUGAGGCCUUCUCUGAGGUAGCUGAGAAACAAAACAAUGUGAACAGACAGAGUCAGCCAGAGCUCCCUGCUGAGCCACCCCUGUCAGGAGAAGAGUCGGGCUCUGAAGAUGACUCUGACCUCUUUGUCAACACCAAUCACAGACAGUAUCACGAGAGUGAGGAGGAGAGUGAAGAGGAGGAGGAGGAGGCAGCCUGAGCCCCCAGGACCCACUUCUCUACUUGCUCAGGGACUACCCCUUGGCUUUUUUAGGCGUGGACAUUCCCAGGGUGCCCUGCAGAUCUUUUCCUUUGGAUGGGGACAAGGCGUGGCUCCUUUCUGAACUGACCUAAUAGAAUUAAACCCCUGGUGGGUAAUGACUUACA